CCCGACUCUCAGGCGUAGCCCAGACUCUCAGAGAGACGGUCGUGGCAGAUCGUCCUCACAGGCUUCCUCUGUGAUCUCCCUUAGCUGUCAUGGAUCGCGCCCGGGCUCGGCUGCAGCUCUGUACGGGCUAGUGUCGGAACUUUACCCUCCGUACCAUGGGAACACAUGACUCCCGGUGCGCUCGGCCCGGUGGAUUUAUUUGGUGUUGAUGGAAAGCAUGUCACCUCAGCAAGGCAAUAUGGGACAGAACCGAACCGACUCUCUGGCUGGCGAGAGCAAGACACCUCCAGACAACAAAAAGAAGAUGAAGACGCUGGCCCAGAGACGGCAGUCAGCUCCCUCACUGGUCAUCAGUAAAGCACUUACCAGGUCUAAAAGCACAUCCAGGGAAUGCUGCCUGUCGCCGGCUGUCAACCCAGAGUCGUGUCAGCUUGUCCAGGCCUUCCUGGCCGAGUGUCCUGGCCGACUCUUCCUUGGUCACGCACAGGUGCAACUCAAGACCGGCCUCCAGACCCAGGAGAGGCACCUCUUCCUCUUCACCGACAUUCUACUCGUCACAAAGGCCAAGUCUUCGACUAAUUUUAAGGUGAAGGCUCAGGUGCGUGUGUGUGAGAUGUGGACGGCAAACUGCAUGGAGGAGGUAUGUGAAGGAAGCACCAGCACCGAGAGGAGUUUCGUCAUGGGCUGGCCAACAUGCAACUGCGUGGUCACUUUCAGCUCCGAAGAGCAGAAGGAGAAGUGGCUGUCCUUGAUCAGAAGGCAGCUCAACGAGGGGAAGGAGAAUGACGACCCCAAAACCAUCCCGCUGAAGAUAUUUGCUAAGGACAUUGGAAAUUGUGCUUAUGCCAAGACGCUGGCUGUCAACAACGCAGACACGACAGCAGACGUCAUCCGCAUGGCUCUCCUGCAGUUUGGCAUAUCAGGUUGUGUUAAAGACUACCGGUUGUGGGUGAACUCUAGCAAGGAUGAGCCUCCUUACCCACUCAUUGGUCACGAGUUUCCCUUCAGCAUAAAGAUGAGCCACAUCCGAGACAGUGGGAGCGCCGGCGCUGGCUUUGGAGGAGCUGGCUGUGACCAGGUCACUCCCACUGACUGUCCUGGGGUCCUGCUGCUGGACCAGUGUCUCCCUCCGGACACACAGUGUCAGUUCAUUCUCAAGUCCAGCAAGGCUGAUCCUGGGCAGACCGCCCUCAUAGAGCCGGGUCAGCAGAAGACUUUCAAGAGGAAGCGGUCACUGAUCAACUGGCCUUUCUGGAAAGGCUCAAACAGCCAGCUGGACGGUCUGCCACUGUCCCCCACAUCGCUCUCUCCGACGCUGGGCCAGCUGUUCGGAAGACCUCUAAGCUCCCUGUGCUCUGAAAACACCGCCUUGCCCAAGCCUGUAAUGGACAUGUUGGUGUUCCUGUAUAUGGAAGGACCGUACACGAGUGGUGUCUUCAGAAGGUCUGCAGGGGCCAAAGCCUGCCGGGAGCUGCGUGACAGACUUGACACAGGAGUGGAGGAUCCAGAGAUCACACACCAGUCUGUGUUCGUCAUUGCUGCUGUCCUGAAGGACUUCUUGCGUAGCAUCCCUGGCAGUCUGCUGUGCUCGGAUCUCUACGAUCAGUGGAUGAAUGUGAUGGAGGUGGACGGAGGUGAGGACAGGACUCAAGCUGUUCACAGGUUGCUCCGCCUCCUUCCCAGCGAGAACCUUCAGCUGCUACGGCAUGUCAUCUCAGUGCUGCACAGUAUCCAUGGCAACGCCCUCGACAACCAGAUGAAUGCAUUCAACUUGUCUGUCUGCAUUGCUCCCAGCAUGCUUUGGGCUCCUGUGCCCAGCACGCUCGAGAUGGAGGGUGAAGGCACCAAAAAGGUGUGCGAGCUGGUCCGCUUCCUCAUCGAGGAGUGCAGCAGCCUUCUGGGCGAAGACGUCACCUCACUGUUUAAGGCCCACAGUCCUAAGAGCAGCAACAGUGACCACGGAUCAGAUGCAUCAUCGUUCCAGAUGAAUGAUUCUUCCUAUGACAGCUUGGAGAACGAGCUGAACGAUGACCCGGAGUCGCCCUACCAGGAACAGCCGUCUCUGCUCGAUAAGGCAGACAGCCGCAGCUUUGACUCAGUCUCAGAUCCUGAGACAGAGCUUCUGCAGCUCCCUCCUCUGGCAAGACCCAGAAGGUUCAACCCUGCAGUACGGCAGGCUCGUGGCCGCCAGUCGCAUAGCUUGUCCCAGGGUCCCAGAAGGCUGAGGAGAAGUUCUGAACCAGCGUUAGAGGUUACCAGCUCUCCACCUUCUGGCACAAAGACAGUUGACAAACAUUGUGCGUCACAGAGGAAAGCAAGUUACGAUGCUGCCAUUGAGGGUGAAGGAGAGGAACAGGAGGAUGAGGUAUUUCUAACAAAGGGGAUGGAUGCUCUUCAGGUCAAGGAGAACGUUAAUGGACACAAAACUGGGCUGUCCAAGGUGAUAAAUGGUGGACGAAGGAAACUGAAGCACGCACCUCCACCGCCACUGCGACUGGAUGCCAGUUGUUCCAGCCUGUCGUCCCCUGCAACGUCCCCUACAGGCUCCUCCCUAAGCUCUUUAGACUCGGCCUUCUCGCAGUACUCCAAUGAUUGCACCUCCAAUGGAGGGCAUUCAUCAGGUGACACAGCAUAUCUGCAUUCUGGACAAGCCCAUCUCUCUCCAAAAAGCUCUCCUCCGCUGAGGGAAGCAUUACGCUCUCAUCCGCCCCGGACCAACCAAGCUCCUUCCCACGGCGCACAUCCUAACACAUGGCUAACAAAAGAUCGUCGGCUGUCACUCAAGCAGUCAAAUGGAAAUGCAGCCGAGGAAAAGCGAAAAGGUUCCCCAAACAUAAAUGGCUGCAUCACCACAAAGGACACCUUGGACAUUAAUGGAAACUGCCAACGGAGGGCCAGCAGCCCCCCUUCCUACCAACAGGCCUUGCAGCAGCUACAGCAAAACCACUCCCCUUUCUACAGGGGUUUAGAGAAACCUCUGACAGUCAAAGAACUCAGGCUGCUUCACGAUCAAACCUGCCCUGCUAGACCGACCAAGAACUCUGAGCCUCACACAGAGAGUGAGAUCACACAGAAGCCAGUGCAACCUCCACGGGGUGUUUUUUAUGGACAAAACGCAACUACUCUGGUCCUGAAAAAACAGAAAUCGCAUUCUUUAACCCUGACUGUGGAGGGCUACAACGGAAGCAAGACCCUUCCUCGCUGUGCAUCUGAACCUACCAAGAUGGAGUUUGCCACUCAGCACUCCAAACCAUCCAAGAGCUGCACCUUGGACAGACCUCACACUUGUAAAAGACGUCAGUCGUCAGAUCUGGAUCCUGAUCUCACACACGCCUCCUUAGCUCCCCCUUUCUCCCUCUCGCCUUCUUCCACCAGGACUGUCACUGACUACUUUUCCUCACAGGGUAACAUAGACACAUCAACGUGCCUGCAGAGGAGUCAGGAGGUGGCACUGGCCAUAGUUCAGGGAAAAAGGGAGUGGCAGAGCCGGCAGUGCAGUGAGCCACGGGUGGAUGAAUUUGACAAGCUGUUUUUUGCUGAAGAGUCGUACGUGUAAAGAAGAAGUUUUACAGUACUUGUACUAUAACUUUGUACAGUCUGCCUUCAGGUUUACGUGUCUUAUUAUAAAUUUAGUGUUUAACAUUUCAACCUCCUGCCAGCCUCAGGAUGGAUUUGUUCCUCUUCCUCAUUAGCUCGUGACGUGGCAUUUGGCCACACUGUUUCUGUCCAACAUUACUUCACCCUACUUCCUUCCUAAAAGGAUUGAAUCCAUGACUUAAUCUGGUGGUUGUCAAACAACUUGGUCCUGAAGUUGUGCAGGAACAUAAGAAUGAGGGUUUGAUUAGUUCUGCGACUGUGUUUACAAGGUAUUGAGGCACUUCCUGCGGUUGGCGUUUUUAUGGAAACAAGCUCAUCCUGAUUUGUUUUGUACCAUUAAAGUAGCACAUGGCUGUGGUGGACGAAAACGUGUCAGGUUGUCAGUUCUAAUCCAGAUCAAAUGCUGCAUCAUAUUUUGUAAUGUUGCUGUGUGAUCAGGAUGGAACCACCGGUUGAGAAAAGACCAUAAAGAAACUGGGUUGUUUAUUUUCACCUGGACAUCUGGGCACCAGAACAGCCAGCUCUGUUGGCAAACCACAACAGUGUUCUGCCAAUUCGGACCUUAAAAAUACCAUGAGGUUCAUUUUGCAAUUGGAAUUUCAGAAAAUACCGUUUUCUUGUUGCAUGACACUCAUGGAGCUAUGCCAAGGGAAAGGCAUGUGACCUGUCAUCUGACCAGUAUGUGCUGAAUUGUAAUAAUAAUGUAAUGUAAGUUUUGAAAAAUAUUUUGUUAUUCACUGAUGUGUCAUUUUGCUUUCGUUCCCAUUUGCAAUGUCAACUAUGUGCAAUUAUGAGCUGAAUUUAAAUGUACAGGAAGUCGUCCUCUUUAUUAUUUCCCUCCGAAUUGGGAAGGAGCCAGGUCCAUGUGAGUGGUUAACCAGAGCAGGAUUGUGACUUUUAGGAGAACCCUGCUUCCUAGCACUUCUUUCUGUGGUGUGUGUGUUUGACCAUUUUACAUGUUAAUAUUUCCAUUACCAUGUUUUAGGUUUCAUAUGUACAUUCUCCAUAUUUAUGACACAGAUAUAUCAAAUACCAAAUAUAAUAUAAUAUCAACUAUCAAAGACAAAAAAAUCGAAGUGUAUUUUUGUACAUGCUGCUCCUGCUGCUGUCUUUAUAGAGAAGUAUAUUUGCUACAAACGCACCAUUUGUACAUUUGUGUACAUCUGUUGUCCCAUUAAAAGCAAAAUAUCAAUGAUUUAAUAAAUGUUCUUAAAAGUGUUCAUGAAGAUCUGUCUAUGUAAUCACUCCGUCCUUACCAACAUCGGCAUCAUAUGAACUGAAAACUGAAUAAUUAGCAGGUAGACUUAUACCAUGGGGCUGCACUCAGUGAGCUGUCUGUGGAACAAAUUGUGUGCAAGUAUCAAGCACACGGGGUGAUUAUGGGGUACCUCUCUUCAGCACACCUCAACCACCAUCAGGUUGGAUGGGAAGAGUUGGUGCAUAGCCAUUUCCUGACCCCUCCUGAACUGGGUUUAGCUCUGACCCCACUAGGAGAGUCACACGAUUGUCUUCAAGCCACUCCUUUGAUAAGCAGUAGGUUGUCCUGCCAAAAGAUGGACCGUCUCCCCACUGUGCCACUCUACACAUGGAUGAUGCUCAAAAGUUGUCAUCAAGUGAUGUUAAAUACACAAGGACAAUAUUUUUUGGUCAUUGAAGUUAUUCAUUAUUUAAGUGAUUUGAUUGCAUGUCGUUUUUUUUGUGCUCAUGCCUAAAGCAUGUGCAAGAGCGCAUCAUCAAUGACGGACCUGAACAUUACCUGGCGCGGGUGAACUUCCACUGCCGUCAAUGACAUCUAGCGGCGGCUUGUUUAAGCCAGUUGACUUAUGAGUAUAAACCAAAUUUAGAUAUUUACAGCUGGGAAGUUUUCCCUCUUCCUCACCUCAAGCGUUCCUGUGAAGCUGGAUUUACAGCCGGUGACUAUCAGUCCAACUGGAAGCAGAAACUGAGCAGUGCAGGGUCUCAGUUUGUUUAACAGACAGGGAAGUUGCCAUUACAAAACUAUCCACAUAUCUCCACAAGUGUAUCUGGUCUCCAGCAGCAUAUCACACUAAAAUAUACGUCUGAUGUGGCCUGACAGUCUGCAGGUUCCACUCAGAUGUAAGUUGCUCUGAUGAUGUAACAGAACCUUGUUGCAUAAGCGCUACAGCGUCUAUAAAACCAAGUCGGCCUGCUUUCCAGUUCAAUUUUUUGUUUAAUGAGAUUGUGGUUUGGUGUUUGUGAUGUUUCCAAGCAAAGAGUUGGUAGGGCUGCAGGCCUGGAGCCUUCACAUGCGCGCUAGCGUGGUCCAGUUUUAUUCAUUUACAUUCACUUGCCUUAUUGAAAUGACUAUGAAAAACAAUGUAAUGCUGCAAGGCGGGCUGUUUCCAUACUUCCAUGCUAAUUCAAUAACAGCAGGUUGUGCCUUUAUGUAAUUUAAUGGAGGGUCGUAGCACGUUCUGAAAAUGCAAGUGGAGGCGAAGUUUGUGUAACCCUGAACGCAGACGUGACUGAGGCUGCAACA